AUGGUUUCUUGGCAACCUCCUCCCAUUGGAGUUAUCUUGAUUAACUUUGAUGCCCGAGUUGAUGAUUCAAAGGUGACUGUUGGCUUUGUCAUCAGGGAUUCAUCUAGUUCUCUCCUUAGAGCGGGUGGCAGAUUAUUAUCCCAUUCUACAAUAUCUUAUGCUGAAUUAACUGCAGCAUGGCUUGGAGUCUAUGUUGCCCGUUCAGAAAUUCAGGGCCAGACUAUACACUUGCAAGGUGAUUCAAUCACCGUAGUUAAUUGGGUGAAGGCUGUGAAUGGAAGCAUCUCAUUUCCAACUCUUCCAAACUCUGUGGAUCACUUGAUUUCUUUGCCUGUUUGUCUCUCUGAGUCUGAGAUGAUGCAAGGGCAACCAUCAGAAAAUGCUGGGUACUCUGGAAGUCUUAGGCCAACCACCAAGUAUCCAUCGGUCACUCGGACUAUAGCUUGUGGCCCAGUCACCUCUACCAACCAAGCUAGGUCCUCUAAAAGUGCGAGAGUUCCCAUGGAGAAACCACCAAACUAUCUCACUGAUGUUUUUGAUGAUAUAGAUACAGAUGAUGAAGAUAUUAGCGAUCAUGAUGAUGAUGUUAGUAUAGAAGAGCUGGAGACACGUAUACUUCACACCAGCAUGUUGAUAGAACGACGGCGGAGGAAGCUCCAGCAACAACCACAUGGAAAGGAGGAGAAACAUUCGACAGAGCAAGCUCGGAGGAAAAAGAUGUCGCGAGCUCAUGAUAAGGUCUUGGAGUACAUGCUAACACUAAUGGAUUUAGGUGGUGCUCGGGGUUUUGUGUAUGGUAUUAUCCCAGAGAAAGGAAAGCCUGUAACCGGCGCCUCCGAUAAUCUGAGAGGUUGGUGGAAGGAGAAGGUGCGAUUUGAUCACAAUGGCCCAGUGGCGGCCGAAAGAUAUCGGCUUGAGCAUAACAUUCCAUCGCAUGGGACGUAUACCUCAGUCUCAAUUCCACAGCUACUGAUGGGUUUCCAGGAUUCAACUCUCGGGUCCCUACUGUCUUCCUUGAUGCAGCAGUGUGAGCCUCCUCAGAGGAGGUUCCCAUUGGACCGGCAAGUUCCGCCGCCAUGGUGGCCAACCAUGGAGGAGGACUGGUGGCCCCAGCUAGGGUUGUCCAGGGGCCAGGGGCCCGUGCCUUACAGGAAGCCGCAUGACCUCAAAAAAGCCUGGAAGGUCAGUGUCCUCAUUGCAGUCAUCAAGAACAUCUCCCCGGAUUUCGAUCACAUCCAGAGGACUCUGCACAAGUCGAGGUGUCUCCAAGACAAAAUGUCUGCAAAGGAGAGAACACUUUGGUCUUCAGUGCUUCAUCAGGAGAUAAAGUUGUACAUGGAGCUCCACCCUGAUGCUCCUCAACUGACCCUCCACAAGGAGGCUGUGACUUCUAGCAGCAGCUCUACUAAAUAUGAUGUUGAUAUUGAGGAUGAUGCAUUUUAUGCUGGUGUUACAGAUGGUGGACUUGUUGAUACUGAUGAUGAUAGGAAGGAGGGGCUAAUGGCUUUGCCUCCGAAUAAUAACAAGCUGCAGCAGGGUUCUCAGGAGAGUGUGGCUGAUGAGUUGCAGCAGAUACCGAGCAAGAAUGGUUCUGUAUGGGAAAAUCCUCUUCAGUCAGUUCUCAUGGAUCAGAAAACUGGUGUGGAUCAGAAUUCUCUCCAGCAGCCACCGGUCGAAGAUUCUGGUCCUGCACAGCAACGGCCAACUGUGUAUCUGAAUGCUGUUCUGCAGACACCGAGUGUUGGUCUAAACCGUCUUUUGGCAAUGCCUGGUUUGGUUGUGGAACAAAGUUGUCUUCAGCAAUCCGUUUUGAAUCCAAAUACCAUUCUACAGACACCACAUGUUGGUACAAAUUAUCUGCUGCCAAAGUCUAGGAUGGAACAAAAUUGUCUUCAGCAACCAGCUACUACGAAUCUGUACCCUCUUCUGCAGAAACCUGCAAUUGAUACAAAUUCUUCUUAUGACCAUGCUGGGCAAGGCAUAGAAGCAGUGCGGCCGCCUCAGUGUUUUCCUGCUCAAACUAUUGCUUCUGAAUCAGUAUUCAAGAACCAGCCCAGUGGUUUUGGUGGUGACUUCAUAUAUGAUUCUCCUUUCAAUUUUACCAACCAGGGGGGCUCGCUGAUAAGAAAGGAUGAUUCUUCCUGGUUCUUUGGAAAUAGUUGGAGGUCUUAA